AUGGUGAGGAUGUAUUUGCCGGGGGUGAAGGAGGGGGAAGUGGGGAAUGUGGGGUUGUAUGUCCCGCAGAAAGGGUUUUGGGAACAAUGGUUUGGGUUUGGGUCUGGGAAAGAGGAUGUGCCGAGGGUGUUGGGGAUUGAUGCUGAGAAGAAGGAUGAGUCGGUGGGGAAGGAGGGGAAUGGAGAGGAUAAAACUAAGGAACAGUCGGAGCAGCAGCGUGGGAUGCCAGCGGAGGAGUAUGAACUCAGUGGGGAGGAGUAUAUCUAUGAAGAAGCUGAUGAUUUGGAUCGGGCUUCCACGGUAGCUUCUGCUGGAGAGACAGAUCCAAGACGCCAUUCGCAUCGUCGCAGGAGUGGUCGACAUAGCGCUGCGUCGCAGAGCGGGUCGUACACGGGCAGUGAUUUCUUCUCGGUGUAUUCGUGGACGUCGAGUCAGAGCUCCCAUGGUUCGCGCAGGAGACGCAGACGUCGGCAUGCCAGUCAGAAUGGGUCUAGUACUUGA